CUUUGACAGUUUAAUGUAUAACGCAGCUUGCUGCAGAGUUCAGUGGGUGUAAAAAAAACUGCAGCUUUUAACCCAUUCACCUCUCUCCCCAUCUCGUUUUCCGUUAGAUAGAGGAAAAAGAGGUUUAACGGGUUUUUCCGCUUGUCAAAGGUUCCGGACAGUGUUGUACCUUGAACUAUGGCCAUUCCCGAGGAAAUCAGGAGACUUUUGGAAGACUGUGAAUACUUUUUGGGAGAUGUUCUGCAGGGUGAAAAGCUUGGCAAAAGGGCAAAAGAUAACAGAGAGAUACUGCUUGAGGGCUUCCGUCUGAUCAAAUCGAAAUAUCAACAUGAAUUUCAAUCAAAAGGAGAAUCUGGUGACUCCUACUUGGGAUCAAAACACGAGGACAGUUCUGACGAUAACCAGAGUUUGAGCCAUGUUCCAUCAGGCUUCUCAGACAGUGUUUCCGUGGCCUCUGAUAACCAGGAUGGUGUGCAAUUUGAAGAUAUCACAACAGUUGCAGCCCAGGACCUGCCCAGCAUUAUGAAGCAGGGUUACUUGGAGAAAAAACGCAGAGAUCACAGUUUCUUCGGAUCCGAAUGGCAGAGGCGUUUCUGUGUGUUGAACGCAAAUAUAUUCUAUUAUUAUGGCAGUGAGAAAGAUAAACAACAGCGAGGUGCCUUUUACCUCUAUGACGCUUAUCUAGUUUCCAAUCUUCGAAAAGAUUCCAAGAAGAACGCCUGCUUUGAGAUUAUCAGUUCAGACAGAAAGAUUUAUCAGUUUGCUGCAUCAAGCCAUCGUGAGGCCAAGGAGUGGGUGGAUCACAUCUCCUUUGUGCUGAAAGACAUGAAUUCCAACUUUAUACCAGUGGAGGAAGAGGAAGAUGAGGAGGAGGACGAGAGGAACAGAGUGCGAGUGAUGCAGGAAGAGACAUACGAUGAUGUGGACUCAGGACCUGUCGAUUUAGGAGCUCCUCGAGGUCCAUCAACUAACAUUGGCCAAGAUCCGGAUGAUGAGAUUUACGAAGAGCUCCCAGAGGAUGACUUCCCUCCACCCAUACCCCCAGAGGAGGAGAGCGACAAUGGCCAAGGCCCAGGAAAUGUCAGCAUCGAUUAUACCAGCUACUACCUGGGUCUGUGGGAUUGUACGAGUGAAGAACCUGAUGAAUUGUCAUUUAAACGAGGAGAUCUGAUUCAUGUCCUGAGCAAAGACUACAAUCCCUACGGAUGGUGGGUUGGUGAGAUGGAUGGUGUAAUUGGCAUUGUACCAAAGGAUUACCUGAUGGAAGCCUAUGAAGUCUGAAGGACAGUGCUGUGGUCUCUGACGGCAAGUCAGUCAUUGACUAAACACCCAAAUCCCAUGAUGCAACAUUGACAGUUCAGUAGCAGCAAAGAAGCUCGAACUUCUCUCCCCUGGACGACUGGGCAUCGUAUCUUCAUGGUUAUCAUCCAGACCUCUUUCCAGAAGGAAGAGAAGAGACUUUAAACAGUGUUAGCAGUUAUUCAUCCUCCCUUGCUUGUUAAUUAAAUAAAGGACGUGGUUCAGCCAUUUUAAACCAA